AAUCGAGAAUAAACAAUGAGAACAUGAAAUUUUGGCGGCUGAAUUCUCUGGCAUAGCACAUUUUAUAGUAGUUUUAUUCAAAAAUAUCGUUAUAUAUACUUUUACAAUGGCUGAAAAACUCGAAGAUCUUAACCUACCAUUGACGGUCGUUACUAGAAUCGUGAAAGAAACAUUACCAGAAGGAGUAGCUAUAUCCAAAGAAGCUCGAACAGGUUUGGCUAAAGCUGCAUCGGUUUUUGUGUUAUACGUGACCUCUGCUGCCACAAACAUUGUUAAAAACAAUAAAAGAAAAGCUUUAACAGGACAAGAUGUGUUAGAAGCAAUGACGGAUAUAGAAUUUGAUAGAUUUGUAGAGCCCCUGAGAGAGGCAUUAGAAAACUACAAGCAAGUUACAUCUGCUAAGAAAUUGGCUACAGGAAAGAAAAAGGACGAUAGUGAUGAUAUAGAAAUGGUUGACGAUGAUCAGUGAUAUUUGUAGUGACUUGUUUUAUAAGUUAUGAUCUAUAAUAAUUAAGGUUAUUAUAAAAAAAUAAGUACAAACUUUGCAUGUCAGUGAAUAUGUAUUAAACAUGUGUAAUGUAAGUAAAGAGAGAAUGAUUACCAAAUACUUCAAAUGUGCACUAUAUCAUAAAACACUACUAAUAAACAACAGAAAUUAAAGACAAAAUUUAUUUGGUAAUCUUUUUCCCGACUGGUUUUUGAGUUUCAAACAAAUGUGGUACAUGUUUUUUUAUGGUAAAUAUUAAAAUUUUGAAACAAUAGUGAUAUUAGGUGAUAGUUGAAUAAUUUAGAAUCCUUGUAUUGCCAAUGGGUAUGAUUUCUGUAAUAGACAUUACUGGGAUUUUAUCACAGGUGACUCACACCAUCAGCAUCUGGAAAGUACUUUUUUUUAUUCUUUCAAGUACUGUUACCAAGAGUUUGAAAGAUGUGGUUUCUAGAUUCAAAAUUGAAAAAAAACAAUAUUCAUUUAUUUUAAGUAGGCUUGGUUUACAAUCACUUGAAACAUCAAGUUUGAGUAUUUGUAAAGAAUCUACCAGCGGUUCAGAAGGCAGGUUCUGCUUGGAAUAGCUGGCAAGAAACUUAAUAAAUAUUAACAUAGUAUACAAGUUCAAGUCCACAACAAGUUAGCUAUGGACUGUGAUCUCACCUGAUGUUAAGUGAUGAUGCAAUCUAACUUGUUAGGAGGAGGAUAAAAUCCACACCCCUUUCGGUUUCUACAUGAUCUCAUACCGGAACACUAAAUCGCUUGGCGGUAUGUCUUUGUUGGUAGGGUGAUAGGCCUACCCCACCAGCCAGAUCUGGACCAAUUAAGAAAGCCUCAAUCAGUCCAACUGGGGAUCAAACACAGGACCUCCAUCAUAAAACUUAGAGACACCUUUUUUGAAUAACACUGAAUUAUGUUAUUCAUAAAAUCAAAUCCAUUCUAAAUUGUGAGGAAUUUAUUUUUAUGUUAGUAUAGUAAUAAUGAUAAUAAUAAUUAAUUAUAGUAAUGAAAAAAUUAACAAUGUCAGGGUUCCAAAUGUGCCUCCAUCAAACUAUAUAAGCCAUUAAUAACUAUUAUUUUAUUAUAAUAGUUUGGCCAGAAUAUUUAAAGGCAACCUACUAAACAAAUGGGUAAAGGUUCUUUCUAAUUCAGAUCUUCAAAUCUGUAUAAGUGCAAGAUGUCAUCUUUUAGUUUUUUAACACUACACUUGCACAAUGAAUAUAAUGUGUUGCUAUGUGGAGUUAAAAUAAUCAAUAAUGAACAUUUGUAUAAAAUCUAAAUAAUAAAAUAAAACAUUUUCUCUGUAAUCUAUGUUUACGUUAACUGAACAAAAUCACAACAUGAACAAAAUCUAUGAUUGCUAAUAAAAACAAGCCAAGCAUGUCA